AUGACUUCCCGGUCUUCACGACAGCCGCCUCCAGCGUAUGUCGCGCCUUCCUCGUCUACCGUCCACGCAUCUUCGCCCGUCUACCGGAAGAUUGCAGCCUCGGCAGCAGAAGAAUCUGCUCGCAGGCUAGAGAAUACGUUCACGAUUAGUCCGUGCUCUGGACAGGCAUGGAUAGUUCGCGCAGGUCAGGUGUGCAGAAUAUCAACUCCAGAAGGCCCACAGGUGGGAGAUCUCAAUAUCUGGAAUGCACAUAAUCCUCGAGAACCAGGUGGCCAGAUGCAUACGAUUUUGGAUACGGAGGGUAAUAUGAUCGAGGGAAAAGGGUUUGGAACAACUCAAUGGGGAGGCCGGGUACACGAUUUGUUAGGAACACGGUGUGAUCCAUAUGUGAACUUGCUCAUGGGUGGAGAAACGUUUGAUUUUCACUGUCAUUCGAAUUUGACUCGCGCGGUGGUUCCAUUUGGCUUGACGGAGCUUGAUGUACAUGACGUCCUGAAUGUAUUUCAGGUCACGGGUUUGAAUGAGCAAGGGAAAUACUUUAUGGAGGCAUCGCCCGCGCGGCCUGAGGAAUAUUUCGAAUUCUUCGCGGAGAUUGACGUACUCUGCGCGCUUUCAGCGUGCCCGGGAGGCGAUCUUUCGCAGUGGGGCUGGGAAGAAAAGGAAGGAGGUGACAUGGCGGCCACUUGCCGUCCACUAGGGGUGGAAGUCUACAGUCUGGUAGAUACUAAAAUACUCAAAGACUGGAAGCAGCCGGAAAGCCCUAAUUACACGGGGAUGCACGGUUUGAAGAUGCCGUCAAGAAAUGACCGCAAGGAAGGCCAUGCUGGUGUGUAA